AUGACUGAGAACCUUCACAGACACCUCAUCAGUGUGACUCUCAGAGCUACCAGCCACUGUGACCUGUCAGAGAGAAGCUGUGAAGCUCUGUCCUCAGGUCUCAGCUCUCAGACUUCUAAUCUGAGAGAGCUGGACCUGAGUAACAUUAACCUGAAGGAUUCAGGCGUGAAGCUUCUGUCUGAAGUACUGAAGAGUCCACACUGUACACUGGAAACUCUCAGUCUGUCAGCCUGUCUGAUCACAGAGGAAGGCUGUACUUCUCUGGCCUCAGCUCUGAGCUCCAACCCCUCCCAUCUGAGAGAGCUGGACCUGAGCUACAAUCAUCCAGGAGACUCAGGAAUGAAGCUGCUGUCGGCUGGACUGAAGGAUCCAGGCUGGAGAAUCGACACAAACACAGUACACACAAACCUCCAACUGUCUGACAACAACAGGAAGGUGACACAAGUGGAGGAGGUUCAGUCAUAUCCUGAUCAUCCAGACAGAUUUGAUGGUUGGGAACAGCUGCUGUGUAGAAAUGGUCUGACUGGUCGCUGUUACUGGGAGGUCGAGUGGAGAGGAGACGUUUAUAUAUCAGUGAGUUACAGAAGAAUCAGAAGGAAAGGAGGCAGUUAUGACUGUGUGUUUGGAGGGAAUGAUCAGUCCUGGAGUCUGUGGUGCUCUGAUGAUGGUCCUCGUUAUGUCAGGCACAAUAACAGCUACACAUCCAUCUCCUCCUCCUCCUCUGUCUCUAACAGAGCAGCAGUGUAUGUGGACUGUCCUGCUGGCACUCUGUCCUUCUACAGAGUCUCCUCUGACACUCUGAUCCACCUCCACACCUUCAACACCACAUUCACUCAAACUCUUUAUCCUGGGUUUGCAGUCUGGUCUCCUGGUUCCUCAGAUAAAAAGAAGAAGAAAUCAAAGAUGUGCACACAGCAGGUAGUUGUACAGAGGACGUCAGCUGAUGGAGCAGAGGGAGGCAGACUGUGGAUGAAUGAGGAGGUGAAGGCCUGCAGGCGGGUGGAGACAGAGGAGGUGAUGGUCACUAAUGACUUCAGAGCAGCUUUCACCUUAUUAACAUAG